CCUGCACCUCCUACUCUCGGGUCCUCUUCUCUCUGUUUCUCAGACGGAGCUUGGCGUCCCCACCGGCCAUAUUUCACCGCGCUCUCUCCCGGCCUCCGAGCGCUCCGGAGCGGCUGUGCGCGCAGAAACUUCAUGGGACGGACGUGGACCUGCCCCGGGUGGGAUUCAGCACUCUACCCCGACCCCCUCCAUCAGCUGCAGAGGAUCUGAACAGUCAGUUUACUUUUUCCAUCUCAGUUUGAGGACAUUCUUUCCCCUCUGGUUUUUUGUCUCUUUGGUGAUGCCUCCAGACUGGAGCCGCUCCGGGACGCACCAUAACCCGACAGGUGCUCCUCUGAUACACGAGCAGAGACUUUGUGUGAGCUGUUUGCGCGCAAAGAUGAAGGAAAACUGAUUAUUUGUGUCAGUUUAAAGUUCAGAUUUCUGCUUUUUUGGACUGAUUAUCAGAAACCAGAGAUGGAUCGAUCAUUUUGGAAAACGCAUCAGUUUGAUCUGAGGGGUUAGAAAAAGCAACACGAUGCUGCUUCCAUUCUCGAGGUUACUGUGUGUGUGGCUCUCCAGCGAGGCCGUCGCGAGUCAGUUCCACUGGAAGAAAACAAAGACGACUUUGAGUCCUCAUUAUGAAUCCACCGCCGCUGAUAGGAAUGCGCAGAGCCGGAGAUGGCGCACAGUCAUCGGGGAGGACAAUGGGGGGACGCGCGGGGCAAAUGCGCACGCCUCGUGGCUGGAUACUGUAAACCCGUCAUUCCCUGAGUGGCCUGGAACCCAGAAACCCCGAACCGCUGUGCGUAAAAGCGAUGCGCAGAAUGGAGCGCGGCGCAUACCUGUACAUGGAGACGAAGCUUUGCGCACGGAGGGGCCGCGGAGCGAUGGAUGCAGCCCGGGAGAGGUGCUUAAACAAACCCCGCAUGGACUCACCUGCAGCCUCGGGAGGACUGGACACAAACGGCGGAAGAGACGGAGCGCAAAACCCAGAAGGGCGAAGCGGAGCGAGCCGCUGCAGGACGGAGCCGCGGGCGCGUGGGAAGCUCUGCCCGUGGCCAUGGCACAGGAGCAAGAGGCCGGACCCCCCUUCGGACUCAACACCAGUGACUAUGAGGAGGAGUACUCUCUGCCAGACUUUCCCGACACCACGCCGUUCGUGCCGGUGAACCCGCGGACCAGACGGAAGCAGGUGAAGAACCCGUUCUACCCGGUCACCGCAGAGUCCUACGGAGCCUACGCGGUCAUAAUCACCGCCGCCGUCAUCUUCAGCGUGGGGAUCAUCGGGAACGUGUCGGUCAUGUGCAUCGUGUGUCACAACUACUACAUGAGGAGCAUCUCCAACUCGCUGCUGGCCAACCUCGCGCUCUGGGAUUUCAUCAUCAUCUUCUUCUGCCUGCCGCUCGUGGUGUUCCACGAGCUCACCAAGAACUGGCUGCUGGGGGAGUUCUCGUGCAGGAUCAUCCCCUACCUGGAGGUGGCUUCUCUCGGGGUCACAACCUUCACACUGUGCGCUCUGUGCAUCGACCGUUUUCGUGCUGCCACCAACGUGCAGAUGUACUACGAGAUGAUCGAGAACUGGGCGUCCACCACGGCCAAGCUCGGCGUCAUCUGGGUGGGUGCCCUGCUGCUGGCGCUGCCCGAACUGCUGAUCCGGCAGCUGGUCACUGAGGAUGGCGAUCCGCCUGACGUGGCGCCAUGCGAGCGCUGCGUAGUCCGGAUCUCCACUGACCUCCCAGACACGCUGUACGUCCUGGGACUCACAUACACUGGUGCACGCCACUGGUGGUACUUUGGCUGCUACUUCUGCCUGCCGACGCUGUUCACCAUUUGCAGCUCACUGGUCACGGCCCGCAAGAUCCGCCACGCCGAGCGGGCCUGCAUCCGCGGCAGCAAGAAGCAGAUCCAGCUGGAGAGCCAGAUGAACUGCGCCGUGGUGGCGUUGGCCAUCCUCUACGGCUUCUGUAUCAUUCCAGAGAAUAUCUGCAACAUCAUCAGCAUGUACAUGGCAGCCGGCGUUCCCAGGAGAACCCUGGACAUCCUGCACCUGGUCAGCCAGCUGCUGCUCUUCUGUAAGUCUGCAGUGACGCCAGUGCUGCUGUUCUGCCUCUGCCAGCCGUUCACCAGAGCAUUCCUGGACUGUUGCUGCUGCUGCUGUGACGAGUGCGGCCCGGCCCACCCCCCCACCACCGCCGCCGCCAGCGACAUCGAGAACGAGUGCACCACCACCGAGAUGGAGCUGUCGCCAUUCAGCACCACGCGCAGAGAGGCGUCCACCUCCACUGCCUACGCCGUCGUGGGGACACACUGCUGAGGUCAAAGGUCAUCAGUGUCAGGUGGAGUUUGUUCCGGGUCGUUCCGCUGAUUGUGUUUAGGAAUUUGAUUGGUGGACGCGUUGACAUAUCAGGCUGUAAAUACCUGAGUUUUUAAAGACUUGAGUGGAAUUGACUCCAAAGUGUUGAACAAGUUUGUGUUUACUGAGUGAAGACGUCACUGUUUGUCCUUUCACUGUUUACAGAAUUUACAUAUAAAAGAACACACAGCCAGUAUUGGCUAGCAUAUAUUUGUUUAGUUCUUUUUCAUUAACUCACCAGUAUUUUACUGAAGCUGCACUCAGUCUUACUUUUUGAUCAUUGUCACUGUAUUUUACAGAAGCUGAGAGCCGACAUGGACCCUGAACAUUUCUUGAGAUCACGACGCAGUCCAACAAUGUAGACUGAGUCCUUAUGUCAAACAAAUGUGGUUUGACAUCUUGAGAUAAAUGAUAAUUAAAUUGGAUAAAGUUUUAUUUUAUGUGUCUGUAAUUUCAUAAGUUCCUCUGGAAAAAGAACUUAUUUUAGUUUAUUUAUAAAGCACUUGUUAAAUUUACUGUAAAGAACAAACCUAUAUAAAACCAAAAUAUACAUUUAAUAUUCUUUUAUUCUCCAAAUAUAUUGAAUUUGGACAAAUUUCACCUCUUUCUAUGUUCAGCUGACGUGCUGCACACUCACUAAAAGACUUUCUGUGCUACGCUAGCAGUUAUUUGAAAUCGGGCAUCUACCAAUCAGACACUGUCUUAUAGACAUUGUUCUUUCCAGGAAACUAUUAGGAAACUACAGAUCCUUAAAAUAAAGUGCUACCAUAAGUCGUUGUGUUGGGAUAACGGGCAUAAAAAAUGGUCGUCACCUGUGGUUUUGUACCUUUGGAUGUUCCUGGUUGUUUUCUUUCCUUUCUUUGUGUGAGUCAGUGGGACGUACAGUAGUGUACUGAGAAUGGCCGUUGACGCUGUGUUGUUUGAUGAUGAUGUUGUGAAUCAGUUCUGGCUGUGCGAGUGUGUUGCUCUUCACUCUGUGUUUGAUAGCAGAAGACUGCACUCUGUACGGUGCAUGUGUAAUGACAGAGUUAUUGUUUUUUUUAGCCACAAGAGAAGUGUCACUUUAAUAAAGAAAUAUUUUAAAAUAGA